AUGACUAAGUUCUGUGAAAAGUGCAAUAGGGAACGAAAAGAAGACACAUUUCACUGCGAAACAUGUGAAAUAUGCCUGCUAAUAGAAUAUGAGGAACACACAUGUAGGGAAACCAACAACAAGGACGAGUGCCCGAUAUGUUUGGAAAGUAUAUUCGAAGGUAACUGUGCUGUGUUACCUUGCGGUCACAGACCUCAUGAAAAUUGUUUUAAGGGACUAAUGACUGCAGGCGCAAACAAGUGUCCGCUAUGUAGAAAGACAAUUGUGGACGAGCCUUGCGAGGAUGAGGAAUGGGUGGAGGACCACCUCGAAAACAUUGGAGUCACACUUAUCGGAGACACACAAGAGCACAGACUGAGGUCACUAGCAUUGUGGGUGCAUGAUAGGACCGGGGCCAACUUACUAACAAGUGAUACCAGGGAGCUACUGGAAGAAGCUGAGUUCAAAGCGGACAUACUGAGGGAAAACACACCAGGACCGUGCACAGAAGAACCACACAGCACACUGACUUUUUCACACUCCGAUCUGGUGGACACACUUAGCAGACGUGGUAGGAGAAUGAGUAGAAUGCUGGGGAGACAAAUGGCUGGUGCUCUAGACAUGACAGACAGAUUGUCAAGAUGUCUUGACAACUACGCUGAGGACCUUGUUUAUCUAAGUAAGGUAACGUCUGAGAUUAACCUGAGAAGGUACGGUGUGAGAAGUGGAACAGGCACACACAACGCAGUGACAAGACUACUACUUGCUGUUGAGAUAUUCCAAGGUAUCGCGACAGAGUGUCGUGAGAAUACCUUAGAUAUGGUGGUACGUGCAGCAGAUUGUCUAGCAGUACGUGGGCCACGUAGGAACAGUAGUGAUGAGGAAGCUGUAGACGUGCUUAGAAGAUACAUGGAGAAACAGAGGCAGGAAAGGCAAAACAGACGUAGGCAGUAUAGGGGACGUCGCCGGAGGUGA